ACAUGAUAUGAGACACCUCCGCUACAAGGCGCCCUUUCAUGCACGUAAGAUAGUAUCUGACUAGUCUCCACAUACUAAAGCUGCCAGAAUAAGCGGGUGACUGGCGACAUCUUUCUUGACAGUUCAGCCAAGGUGUCACGUCAAUUAAUUUCGCGUCACAGGCCUUGUAACGGACAGGGGAGAGUAGACGACCAAAGAAGCAAACGAACAAGAACAUGUGACGAAGCAGCGCCAGAUGAGGAAACCGGGGUCACGGUCUGCUGCGUCGUUUCUCUCACGAAAUGGCGCAAAGGAAGAGGAGCGUAGUACUGACUCAAACGAAGGCGAGACCAGAUGAGCUGAUCUGGAAAAAUUCACACCCUAACAUCAUUGAAUAUAUUGGAUCUCGAGUUGAAGCGAGCCUGCAUGCGCUCCUCCGUAGUGCCGUUUAUGCAGAACCGAGGACCCACAGGUAUUUAUGCAAGUCAUAUUGUCUCUUUAGGAAUGAUAUACGGAGUUCUUCUCUGUCACAGCACGUAAAAAAUGAGGCAGAAUAUCUCAACCAGUGGCCUGUUUGCAAUUUCUGCUGCGACGACUGGCACAUGCGUUUGCAUGCACCCACAGAGAAUCGACGUACAGAGGACCCGGCCGAACCCGUCCUUGCGUUUGGCGCUGAAAAUCCCCGUGCUGCUCCUUUCCUCAAAAGGACACGAAAGAACUUUUUUUCACAGGCCAGUCAGUUGCACUUGCGCUUUCCUGUGUCUUCUGUCCACGAUGGCGGGUUUUUUUGA